UGUGCGUUUAUGUGUGUGUUGCUCCUUGUUGUCUAUUGCUGCCUCAUACCCCUCUAUUCUCACUGGGGUCUCUGGCCCGGUUUCUCUCUGGGAAGAGGGACUUUCCCCCUCUGUCGUUGGCCAUAGGCAAACUGACACUAUACAGUUCUUUCAGCACCAUCCCACUUGCAGCUGCUACUUCAACCUACUGGUCUCUCCAGUCUCUUGGAGGCAUACUUUUAUACAGUGUUUGUGAAACAUCCCAGAGAAGUGGCAGGCCACGUGAAGCCUGAGGCCACAGUUGUCACAGCCUCACCUCCUUACCUUCCCCAGAAUCUGACCCAUAGCUUUGGCUGUGCUGUAGCCUGAAGCAGUUGACACACCUUUUGACUUCUGUUGCUUCUAGGCGGUGGGGUGUCUAGAAAGAAGUUCAUGGCCAGCUACUAUUACCCGAAAAGAAAAUUUUCAAAAGUCUACUUAGGACUAUGUCGCCUUUUCCAUGUUUGCUCAGGCUCGAGAGCCUAUGAAACUGUCUCUUUCAGUCUAUCUGCCGUCCCACUGGGUCUGCGGUUUUCUUGUAGGUUAAGUGUCUACCCUCCCAGCCUUCUGGGUCUGUAAGCACCCAUCUCUCACCCCUUUUCACUUGCGUCGGAGGGUCUUUGAGUGGAGGAUCAGUCAGAGUUGGAGCCGAGGUUGGAGUCAGGCAAGAACCCUGCUUAAGUUUCGAGUAAUAUGAUGCUUGUGAAAUCCAUGCUGUACUGGCUCCUCGUCCGCCUGUGUCUCGGAAAGUGGUGCCCGUCUCUGAGGCAGGCACGUGUGAGGAACACAUAGAUGGACACCAUGCCAGAUCUCUUCAUGUGUGUGGGCGGUAUAAUUUUUGUGAGUGGAAAAGUUGCAGGUGUAAUCAAGUUGCAGGUGUAAUCAAGGUGUAAUCAGCCCUUAGGGGCUGGAUGUCGCCCUCUCUUGUCCUGAUUUCUUAUUGAUGGAAUGCUUUGUCUGGUGUGCUGGUGCCAAGUAGCCACGAGGGGCGCAGCAGGGAGCAGACUGGCUCUGUGGAGGUGUGUAAGGCUGACUGGAAACCCCAGUCCCUUCUCCUGUUGAGUUAAAAGUCUUGACUUUGCUGCAUCUCGUGGAAAUUCAGAACAGCAAAGACGGACACAGCAAGCUUGAAGCCCAGCGUGCAGGCCCCCAGCAGUCUUCACUCUCCAGUGACAGUGGGAGAGCGCUGGGGCUGCUGUCCUGGGGUUGAAAUAGGUGUGCUCUUCAGUGAUACCCAGUUGGGCUACCCAACCCCCACCCUCUAGCUCCUUACCUUCUUUGUAGGGAUAAGGAAGGCACUAGACAUUCCUACGCCGCUGGAGCCCAGAGGAGAGGCUCCACCCACUCCCUGGGCCCUUGCUAGCUCUGAGUCUUUAACCCUCAAAAGACUCUAUCAAGAAAAAUAUCCUAGUAAUGGAAUGGCAUGGAGAUAGCCCAAGGCUAGGAUUACCUGCAUGCUUGACUUUAGGUCUCAUUGAAGAAAGAGAUAGGCACACAGUAGCCAGGAGACAAGGUCAGGUACUGACUGGUCCCUACCUCCUAUCUAGUUAACCCAAAGGUAGGAAGGAGGCGGUGGGGUGUCCAGAUUGCACCUUCACUUGGCCUUCUCCUUCCUCUAGGGAGAAAGUGUGCUUGCGUGGGCAGUUAUAUUUAAUUCUGUCCUUUGGAGAGGCUUCCACUCUAUUUGACAAACUAAAUAUUUAUUCAGGUUGAGGUGGAGGGGAACGGACAGUGCUCUCCAUGUUGGGGCCUGGAAUGUAUAACUGGGAUGUGUGUGCCGUGUGUGCAGCUGAAAUCCUUUAUCAUCUAUGCUGACCUCUGAGUUCAUCCAAAAGAGCAGUGAGCAGGAGUGGGGACAAGAGGGUAAAGUCCUUGAGCUGGAAGGAGUACUGACUGACCUGUGACAUGCUGAGAGGGAUUUCGCAAGUGCUUCUGUGGAGGGUGGGGGCGGAGCUGGCGAGAGAGCCAACCAAACCUAGGGGCAGCCUAGCUCAGCUGUGAGCUGAGGGUUCCACCUCCUUCAGCAACUCGGUAUUUAGUGCCUGGUGCCUCUGCCCACGUUGGUCCACAGGCUGCUGCUCCAUUCCUCUCCACCUGAGAGACCACCUUCCUCCUAGUCAUAGUCUCUAGGUCAGUCUGCUGUCACCUCUCCUGGUAUUUCAGAGGACAUCCCUGGCUCUCCUACUCGGAUGCUCCAGACCUUGUAUGACUACUUCUGGUGGGAACGACUAUGGCUGCCUGUGAACUUAACCUGGGCUGAUCUAGAAGACAAAGAUGGACGUGUCUAUGCCAAAGCCUCAGACCUCUACAUCACACUACCCCUGGCCCUGCUCUUUCUCAUCAUUCGAUACUUCUUUGAGCUUUAUGUGGCUACACCCCUGGCUGCCCUCCUGAAUGUUAAGGAGAAAACCCGACUGCGGGCACCUCCCAAUGCCACCUUAGAGCAUUUCUACCUGACCGUCGGCAAGCAGCCCAAGCAGGUGGAGGUAGACCUUUUGUCUCGGCAGAGUGGGCUCUCUGGACGCCAGGUAGAACGUUGGUUCCGCCGCCGCCGCAACCAGGACAGGCCCAGUCUUCUCAAGAAGUUCCGAGAAGCCAGCUGGAGAUUCACAUAUUACCUCAUUGCCUUUGUUGCUGGCAUGGCUGUCACUGUGGAUAAACCCUGGUUCUAUGACUUGAGGAAAGUUUGGGAAGGAUAUCCCAUACAGAGUAUCAUCCCUUCUCAGUAUUGGUACUACAUGAUUGAGCUUGCUUUCUACUGGUCCCUGCUCUUCAGCAUUGCCUCCGAUGUCAAGCGAAAGGAUUUUAAGGAACAGAUCAUCCACCAUGUGGCCACCAUCAUUCUCCUCUGCUUCUCCUGGUUUGCCAAUUAUGUCCGAGCAGGGACCCUCAUCAUGGCUCUGCAUGACUCUUCCGACUACCUGCUGGAGUCUGCCAAGAUGUUUAACUACGCAGGAUGGAAAAACACCUGCAACAACCUCUUCAUUGUCUUCGCCGUCGUUUUCAUCAUCACUCGACUGGUUAUCAUGCCCUUCUGGAUCCUCCACUGCACAAUGAUAUACCCACUGGAGUUCUACCCUGCCUUCUUUGGCUAUUACUUCUUCAAUUCCAUGAUGGUAGUGCUACAGAUGCUCCAUGUCUUCUGGGCCUACUUCAUUGUGCGCAUGGCCCACAAGUUCAUAACUGGAAAGCUGGUAGAAGAUGAACGCAGUGACAGAGAAGAAACAGAGAGUUCAGAGGGGGAGGAGGCUGCAGCUGGGGCAGGAGCAAAGAGCCGACUCCUAGCUAAUGGCCACCCCAUCCUCAAUAACAACCAUCCUAAGAAUGACUGAACCGUUGUCCUAGCUGCCUCCCACAUCAAUACGCGAAGCCAAGAAACUAGCCAAGCUUCCCUGUAGGGGCAUUUGAGCUCUGGGGAGAAAGGAUAUGAGGAGUGGUCUAUGUUGACCUCCCUUCUUUUUUCACCCAGUUGCCUUUAAACCAGACUCUAAACAGCCGGUCUCCAGGUAGAAAGGAGGCUUGGCUGUAUCCUGUUGAGACGGGACUGUCUGGUCUCAUUUCCCUCUCUACCUUCCAAGCUACCCUUUCUCCUGCUAACCCUUCUCAGCUCUAAGGGUUGGAGUCAUAACUCACAUUCUUCAUUCCUAAGAAUCUGGAGCUAGCUGUUUGCCUUUGACUCCCUGACUUCAAGCCAGGGUUGUGCCUUACUGUCCCUUUUCUGGGCCUCAUUCUGCCAAAGCUGGACCAAGGUUCCACCUUUCUAAGCUCCCUAGCUCAGAGGCCAAAAAUGAAAGCUGAGCUACUUUUAACUUUUUCUCUUCCUUAACUACAAGUCAAUUAAGUGAAGGAGGGUAUACAUGCCCUCACCCUACCCCAGGGACCAUGGUUCCUAGAUCUCACUGCCUCCUAUUUCUGGCCUCCCUUUUCCCCUCCCUUCAGCUAAGACAAGCUGGUGUGGAGUAGAAGGGCAACUAGUUCUGUUAUUUAUUGAACAUUUGGGGUUUCAGUUGCAAAGCCAGAACUACAGCUACCUGGCAUUUCGGCGAGGGACCAUUUCAGACCAAAAUGUACUGUUAAUUUUUUUUAAUUAAAGUAUAUUAAAGGUUAAAUAAAACAUGACUGUGUCAGACUAUUAA